CAGUCAAGAAGGUUCAUCGCAGAUGCUCUCACAGGUCUUCCAGAUUAAUAAUAAUUCACUGGACGGAUUAUAUUUCUCGGCUUUUGUGAGUGUGGAACUUGAGAAAUCGUAGGGCGAUAAGCUCAGAAAUAUAAAGAGUUUGUCCUUGAGGAUUUAAUAGCGCAAAUGGUGGAAGCGUAGGCGGGCUAGGCUGUUGGGGUUUUCGACGAAAGCUCAUGGUCUUUCAGGUCGACUCCAAUUUCCAUACCAUCUUAAUCCUUCAUUACUCUGUACUCCGAUCCAUCGUGAUCCAGUGAUACCCAUUGAUUUACUCCUUCAUAACUAUCGUCCUCUAUUGCCCCCAUUUUUUUCCAUUAAAAAAAUGGUUGACAAUAUUCUGGAGCCCACGUGUAACCAAUAACAGUAGAACAUUCUCGGAAUUUCGAUCGAAACCAUACUAGCUUUUCUACUGCACAAGGAUUGAGGAGCUUGCGAGAGCAUUACGUGCGCGACUGUUGGUGCCGACGGUUCUCCAUCAUUCGGUCGUGUUCCCAUAUCACUCACACUAUUCGUACCUUUUGAAUUAUUGAAUAAUUGUUGAUCGGUAUAAGGAUCAUCAUGAAGACUUGUGGGAUGAGCGCCAUCAAAUACAUUCUGUUUAUUUUUAAUCUGAUCUUCGCGAUUUCCGGUGUUGCCAUUAUAGCAGCUGGAGGUAUAGUCCUGGCGGAUGUUGGAGAGUUCAAUCAUUUUAUGGACGGAAAGAUUUUGGCUCCAGCAGUGGUACUAAUUGUCGCAGGUGCUAUUGUGUUCAUUAUAGCAUUCUUGGGAUGCUACGGUGCUAUCAAGGAGAAUUAUGUUCUUCUCUUGGCGUUCGCUGGAGCCCUGCUCAUCAUCUUCAUCAUCGAAUUAGCGGUUGGAAUUGCUGCCGCGGUGUUCCGCAACAGCUUUUCAGAUGUCAUGAAGGAGUCGCUGAGAUAUUCAAUGAAUAACUACACGAAGUCACAGGCUGAUAAAGUAGCAUGGGACGAUGUGCAGAUGAAGCUCAAAUGCUGUGGCAUCGACUCGGCAAAAGAUUGGAUCGAAGCCGGUGUGCUAGAUGCAUCAGUUUUACCCUAUUCGUGCUGCAGAGGUGCUGAAGAAAACACCCAGUGUCUUGAAUCAAACGCGGAGGUUUAUACAGAAGGUUGCUACAUGGAAUUGAAGCUGAGGGUGGAGAACAAUGCUCGCGUCCUGAUCGGCGUUGGCAUCGGAAUCGCUUUCGUCGAGGUCGCUGGUAUCGUGCUCGCAUGCUGUCUCGCGAUGGCGGUAAAGAAAGAGGGAGAGAAAUGAGAGGAGGAGUAAUUCGUUUUUUCAGUUGGAAAAAACGAAUUACUCAAAUAUCGGAUGUGAAAUCUAUUCAACAAGAAGGUGGCCAUGUCUAUUCUCAAGUUGGAGAGCAUCUUUUCAUCGACAGACGAGGACAAGAAAUAUGCUGUUGUUACAAGCGCAAUCAUCGAUAUCAACAAAUACAGAAUGAACAGUGUGAACUGAAAACAUACAUUCCAAU